UUCUGCCCCUCAGUGCGGGGGGAACGGGGUGGGAAUCACCCGCUCCCUUGGCAUGAGGGGGCACACACACAAUGGGAACCCUGGGUCUAUGGGUUUUGGGGGAGAGUGGCCUUUUCUGGGCACCGAGGGGGUUUUUAAAGUGACAAGCUGUGCUUUUUAAGUGCUGUGAGGGUGUAGGUUUGUUUUUGGGCACUGAGGGACACUUUCUGGGUUUUUUUAGGGUGUUGAGGGGUGAGUUUGGGGGCUUUUGAGUGCCAAGAGUCAUCUUUUGGGUGCUGAGAGGUGGUUUUGAGAAAUGAGGGGGAUUUUUAGGGUGCCAUGGGGCAUGGGUUUGGCUGCUGAGGGUUUUACAGUGCCAAGGGGUGUUUUUAGGUAAUGAGAGGGUUUUUGGAGGAUGUGAGGUGUUUUCUAGACGCCAGUGAAUGAUUCUGGGAGCCAAGGGCUGUUGUUGGGGUACUGAGGGAUUGGUCACAGACGCCAGGAGUGCUGUGAGCAGCCGGGCGCUGGCUCCCUCCCUGCAGGUGCCCUGGAUGACUCGGAGCGGGUGCACAUGCGGAUCCUGCAGACCAUCUACCGGCAGCUGACGCGCUCCAGGCUGGGCUGCCCACGCUACGGGGCACACUGGGAGGAGCUGGGCUUCCAGGGUGCAGAUCCUGGCACUGACCUGCGUGGGACAGGAAUGCUGGGGCUGAUGCAGAUCCUGUUCUUUGUCCUGGAUUCCCGGACGCUGCCGCUGGCACGGGAGAUCUUCCAGCUCUCCCACCAUGAAACCCAGAAUUUUCCCUUCUGCAUCAUGUCUGUGAACAUCACCCGGAUCGUGAUCCAGGCGCUGCAGGAGGAGCGGCUCUCCCGGGAGUGCAACCGGCGGCAGCAGGUGAUCGCGGUGCUCAACGACCUCUACGCCGCCGCCUUCCUGCGCCUCUCGCGCCUCUGGGAGCAGCAGCACGGCACCGUGGCCAACGCUGGCUUCUUCCUCAAGGAGCUGGAAUUAUCCACCAAAAAGAAGCCGAGGCAGCUGCUGAAAUCCCUGGAAGCCUACCUGAGCCGUGGCCUUCGGCCUCCCUCCCCUCCCUCCUCCCAGAUCCACUUCAGCAGCAUUUGUGACCCUGGGGUGCAGCUGGAGGGAGAUGCCUGACUGCUCUGGCACGGAGUGGGACCUGCACAGGGAAUUGUGCUGGUGGAUCAGCCCUUGGAGGGACACACAGGGGUGUUCCCCUGGUUUGGGGGCUCAGGAAGGGCCAGGAGAGGUCUCAGAGCCGGGAUUUUGCCUGCUCCAGGUGGAACUUUCUGGAAGCAAAGGAGGAGGAGGUGGCAGAGCAGGGGAUUCCGUGAGCCACCCAGCCUGCUGCUGGGACAGUCCCUGUCCUCACCCAAAUCUAGGGUCCCACCUGGGUCCUCACCCUGCCCAGCUGGAGCUGGAAGGUGGUGCUGGGUCCCUGGGUCCCAUCCCAGCCCCAGCAGCGCCAGGAAUGGGUGACCCCCACUUUGGGGGGCUGUGUCAGACCCCCAGGGCCACUGUGGGCUGUCAGCACCCAAAAAAGUUAUCAAAUGGGGGAGAUGAGGGAUCUGGUGGGAAAGAGAGUUUUGGGUUUGCCACUGGACUCUGUGUCUGGGGGAAGGAAAGGAGGACUGUGGUGCCCAGAGUCACUUUGGGGUGGAAAAGGUGCUCUGGAGGAGAGAAACGAGGGUUGAGAGCUCCAAGGAGGAGGGGAAGGGUUAUUCCCUCUGGGAGCUCAGGGCCAGUGCUUGGGAAUGUCCCCAGGCCCCUAAACAUGGGGAAAAGCAGCCCCCAAAGGCCAGAUCUGGGGAGAAAUGAGGGGUUUGGAGAAGUGGGAGCUGGGGAGAGUGGAACGUUGUGGCCCCAGCCCCGCUGAGAGGGUGAUGAUUCCCAGGGGCUGGGAAUGCUCCUGGAUGGAAAAAAAAAUUAAAUAAAUGGAGAAAAAAGCAGCCUGGA